AUGAUUGCACAAGGUACAGGAGGAAAAAUCAUCGGUGCUUGCAGUAUAGUCGGAUACACAUCAGGUCCAAUGGUGAGCCAUUAUGCUGCCAGUAAAUGGGGUGUGCGUGGUCUGACACAAGCUGCUGCUAUGGAAUUGGCCAAACAUAAGAUUACAGUCAAUGCUUACUGCCCAGGAGUUGUCAAAACUGCCAUGACGGAUAUGGCUGAUGAAGAAUUGACAAAAAUCCAAGGAAAGCAAAAGGGAGACAUGUUCAAAUCUUACGAAAACGAGAAGAUAGCUCUUGGCCGAAUAUGCAAGCCGGAAGAUAUUGCAAGUUUAGUGUCGUAUUUGGCUAGUCAAGACUGA